CUGACUUGCACACAGACAGGGCAGGGGUGAGGCAGUACUGUGCUCUAGUUACGUGGAAACGCACAUACAUAGUUUCAACUAGUGGGAAAUCUACUACAAUGCAACUCUUAUUCCAACUUUUUGCUCAUACAAUGUGAGGAAGAUGGCCGAGACAAGCUGUGACUGGGUGGAGAUCUUGGAGCCACGCUCGCAGGAGCGCAUGUACGUGAACCUGGCCUCGGGGGAGUGUGGUUGGGAGCCCCCCCCAGGCGCCGCCGUGCGCCAGUCCGACGGCAGCCAGUGGUGGGAGCUGUUUGACAGCCACAACAAACGCUUCUACUACUACAACAGUGCCAGUCAGCAGACGGUGUGGCACCGGCCCCAGGCCUGCGACAUCGUGCCCCUGGCCCAGCUACAGGCCAUGAAGAGGAGCUCUGAGACGAGUCUGAGGGGCCCCAUCAAGCCCCAGAGAGGGGGAGGAGGGGGGGAGGGCCGCCGCGCAGCCCUACCUAACCAGGCCUACCCUAUGCCCCCCGCCCAGGACCCUGACAGCAGCGGGAGGUCCACCCCCUCUAUGGGGCUCUGUGACAGCCUGGAGAACAGUAACGACACCCCCAGGGACCCAGGUCAAAGAUGGCAGCCAGCUCCGGGGUCGAAGGCAGCCAUGUUGGUGAAGGUGAACAGCAUUGGCAGGAACCAGUCCGUGGUGCCCACUAGCACCCAGCACCUCAACACUCUCAGCCCUGGGAGCCCUGCUGUGUACCAGGUCCACUCAGACAGACCCAUAUCCAGCCCUGAAGGCAAGAUGGCUGCCCCUGUGGACCACAAGCAAGCCUUCCACCUGAAGAAGGGAGACAACGGUAACUUCGGCCUGGUGAUGCCCUCCCCUGGCAGCCAGGUCUACCAGACUCCACAGAGGUGUCAGGCUGGCACCCCCCAGCCCUCCUCGCCCCAUUACGGUGCCACUCCGCCCAUCUAUGAUGAGCCACCCAUGGAAACACCUAUCUAUGAUGAGCCCCCGAUGGAGGUGGAGGGGGCCGCCCUCCUGAAUAGGUCCUCCACCCCAACUACCAGCCUGCAGAGGGUCCGCCAACCCCAGACCCAGACCCACCACCAGACCCAGCAGCAACCCAAGCUGCUUCAAUACCCAGCCUCUCAUCUGGCCUCCAAACACAAGAGGAAUCCCUCCGCCACAGAGUACAGCCCCGCUGGACGGGAGUGCAUCAAACACAUGGUCAACGUGGACCCUGCCACCUGCAAGCAGAGCCCCUUAUCCCAUCCUAUCCAGACAGAGCAGGCCCCUGCUCUAGACCCUGACCUGCCCCCCUCUCCAUCCCCAUGCCCAGUCGUCACCCAGCCCAGGCCCAAGGAGGUGAGCCUGGAGAAGAAGCAGUCGUGGCGUCUCCUGGAGACCAGCGUGAGGAAGAACAUGGACGUCCGGCACAGCCGGCAGAACAGUGUGGCGUCCCAGGAGUACCCAGCGCCGGCCGCCGUCACCCACCAGGACUCCGGCUACUCCACCGGGCCCUCGCCCAGCUUGAGGAGGAAGAACCGCCGGAGAGCCCUGGGAGGGGGGGCUGUGGGAACAGGGCAGGGCCGGCCAGGCUCAGUGGGCAGCAGUGGGGAGCUCAGUGCCCUGAAUGAGAAGCUGAUGGCAGAGAUGCGGGUGGUGGUGAGUCGAUCUAACACCCUGCGUGGCAGCAAGGCCAGCCUGGACACUGAGAUGUCUGACAGCUCUGUACCUCGGACCCGUUCCCCCCUGGGUUCCCCGAAGAAGUACAGGGGCCGCAGCGCCUCCCGAGAGGACAUCAGCGCCAGUAACCACUCUCUGUACCGGACCGGGAGCGGGAGUACCCAUGGCGACGUGCCCCUCUCGCCCCUGGCGUCGGAGGGCAUGGUGCGUCAGAAACGGACCUAUGAGAAGGUGGACACUCUGGAGAAGAGCAUCAUCAGCCAGAACAGCCUGUCCUCCUCGGAGCCCCACAUGUCCCUCUCACAGGCAGGAACACUGGACUCCAAGGCCCAGUCGGAGAUCUCGUCACAAGGCGGAGGUAAUGGACACAGGGGCACCCCUCAUGGAGUGAAAGUGACUGGAGACAGGAGGGGAGGUGGGGGAGGAGGAGGCGGCAGUGUGGGAUACCAGUACCCUUACACCACCCUCUGCAAACCUCCUCCAGACACCAACAUGGUGGACUGGGCCAGUAAGAACCUGAACCUUCACACGCAGGGCCUGUUCCGCCGCCGCGUCUCCAUCGCCAACAUGCUCUCCUGGAACAGAGGCUCCAUCAAGAAGCCCAUGCUGAUCACCAGCGACCGCACCGUCAAGAAGGAGGCCUGUGAGAUGUUCAAGCUGAUUCAGGGCUACAUGGGGGACCGUCCGGCCCGGCUUGAGCGCCGUCACACCGCCCUGCUGGUGGUCACUAAGUGCUGGGGAAUGCAGGCCCUGAGGGAUGAGCUGUACGUCCAGCUGGUCAGACAGACCACUGACAACCUGAGCCUGAGGAGCCUGGAGGCCGGCUGGGAAUUCAUGGCCAUCAGCCUGUCCUUCUUCUCCCCCUCGCCCAAGUUCAGAAGCUACCUUGAGGGGUACAUCCAGACACACCUGGAGCCCUCCAACGACAAGAAGAUCAUGCAGCACAUUAUGGAACAACAGGACAUGAAGACCAAGAAGAAUUCAAAGUCCCGGAAGAAGAGGAAGCAGAACAACGAGGAAGAGGAGGGCCUGCCAAUCAGCACUUAUGCCAAGUACUGCUACCGCAAGCUGCAGAAGGUCGCCGUCACUGGGGGCAAAAAGGGUCUAAGGAAGCCCACCCUGGAGGAGUUAGACCAGGGGAGGAAUGCCAUCGUGACCCCUUCCUUGUUCGGCAGUGCCCUGGAGGAGAUCAUGGAGCGCCAGAGCGAGCUGUUCCCGGAGCGCAGGCUCCCCUGGGUGCAGGUGCAGCUUUCUCAGUGCGUGCUAGCCCUGGGAGGGGCCCAGACAGAGGGAAUCUUCAGGGUGCCUGGAGAUAUUGAUGAGGUGAAUGCGCUGAAGCUGCAGGUGGAUCAGUGGAAUAUUCCAGAAAACCUUGGGGACCCCAACGUCCCGGCGUCUCUGCUGAAGCUGUGGUACAGGGAGCUGGAGGAGCCAGUCAUCCCUCAGAGCUUCUAUCAGCAGUGCAUCAGUAACUAUGAGGAUCCUGAAGCAGCUAUCAGAGUGGUACAGUUUCUGCCUGAACUCAGCAGACUGGUGCUCUGCUACUUGAUACACUUCUUACAGGUGUUUGCUCAGCCCGUCAAUGUGAGUAAGACCAAGAUGGACGUGAAUAACCUGGCCAUGGUAAUGGCUCCCAACUGUCUCCGCUGCCAGUCAGAUGACCCACGCGUAAUCUUUGAGAACACAAGGAAGGAGAUGUCCUUCUUACGCAUGCUCAUUGUUCACCUGGACACCAGCUUCAUCAAGGGCCUCCUCUGAGGGAGCCAACUCUAUCCCUCUUCAUCAAGGGCCUCCUCUGAGGGAGCCAACUCUAUCCCUCUUCAUCAAGGGCCUCCUCUGAGGGAGCCAACUCUAUCCCUCUUUAUCAAGGGCCUCCUCUGAGGGAGCCAACUCUAUCCCUCUUCAUCAAGGGCCUCCUCUGAGGGAGCCAACUCUAUCCCUCUUUAUCAAGGGCCUCCUCUGAGGGAGCCAACUCUAUCCCUCUUCAUCAAGGGCCUCCUCUGAGGGAGCCAACUAUAUCCCUCUUUAUCAAGGGCCUCCUCUGAGGGAGCCAACUAUAUCCCUCUUUAUCAAGGGCCUCCUCUGAGGGAGCCAACUAUAUCCCUCUUUAUCAAGGGCCUCCUCUGAGGGGGUCAUCUCUUUAUCCAUCACCAUGCCCUGGAGAGUUGCACUUGUUCAUCAGCCCUCAACUAUAGCUGCUCUGUCUUUCUAUCAUACAACUCUACAACUGUCUACCACCUUAUUCACAACAAGCCCUCUGUUCCUUCACACUUCUCAUCAACCAUAUCACAUCUCAACCCUAGAUUCCCUCUGGUUCACGAACACAAUAGCCGGAGGAUCACAGACAGUGGACUGCACAGACAGUGGACUACACAGACAGUGGACUGCACAGACAGUGGACUACACAGACAGUGGACUGCACAGACAGUGGACUGCACAGACAGUGGACUACACACAGUGGACUGCACAGACAGUGGACUGCACAGACAGUGGACUGCACAGACAGUGGACUACACAGACAGUGGACUACACAGACGGUGGACUGCACAGACAGUGGACUGCACAGACAGUGGACUACACACAGUGGACUGCACAGACAGUGGACUGCACAGACAGUGGACUACACACAGUGGACUGCACAGACAGUGGACUGCACAGACAGUGGACUACACAGACAGUGGACUACACAGACAGUGGACUACACAGACAGUGGACUACACAGACAGUGGACUACACACAGUGGACUGCACAGACAGUGGACUGCACAGACAGUGGACUACACAGACAGUGGACUACACACAGUGGACUGCACAGACAGUGGACUGCACAGACAGUGGACUACACAGACAGUGGACUACACAGACAGUGGACUGCACAGACAGUGGACUACACAGACAGUGGACUACACAGACAGUGGACUGCACAGACAGUGGACUGCACAGACAGUGGACUGCACAGACAGUGGACUACACACAGUGGACUGCACAGACAGUGGACUGCACAGACAGUGGACUACACACAGUGGACUGCACAGACAGUGGACUGCACAGACAGUGGACUACACACAGUGGACUGCACAGACAGUGGACUGCACAGACAGUGGAAUACACACAGUGGACUGCACAGACAGUGGACUGCACAGACAGUGGACUACACACAGUGGACUGCACAGACAGUGGACUACACACAGUGGACUGCACAGACAGUGGACUGCACAGACAGUGGAAUACACACAGUGGACUGCACAGACAGUGGACUGCACAGACAGUGGACUACACACAGUGGACUGCACAGACAGUGGACUACACACAGUGGACUGCACAGACAGUGGACUGCACAGACAGUGGAAUACACACAGUGGACUGCACAGACAGUGGACUGCACAGACAGUGGACUACACACAGUGGACUGCACAGACAGUGGAAUACACACAGUGAACUACACAGACAGUGACCGGGUAUCUAGAUGGUUUUUCGUGCUCCGAAUCAUCUUCCCUUAUUGUUUGAGACUUUGGGACAAGCUCACAUGUGAUGGUAGUGGGAGACUGUUUAUCCGUUGGAAAGCAGGACAUACAGUACACAGUGUUCUUGGGCUCGUGUUAAUGACUGCAGCAGAAUCAGUGGAAUGGUAUCAAGCACACGGUUUCCAGGUCUUUCAUGUCUUUCCAUUUGCUCCAUUCCAGCCAUUUAUUAUGAGCCGUCCUCCCCUCAACAGCCUCCUGUGCUACUGUUUCUGCUCCAAACACUGGACCGUGCUGCCGUGAGAUUCAGCAUGUGAAGAAGAACAAUCGCAAUACGAGACUAUUAUGCACAAGAAGCAUGUGUGCAGGGAAAGGUCCAGAGACAAAUGUGUAAAUAUGAUGAUGUUUUUAUUGUGGGGGGAAUUAGUUCCUGCUUCGAGUGCCACAUAUGUAUCUGACUGCCAUGGUAGUGAAUGAUGAUGAUGUCUCAUCUCGACAGAAUCUGUAUUAUUCCGUUCUCUUUUCCUUUAUUAUGUGUGUCUGCAAAGCAACGAUUUCCUUCGCAUUUCAUUUGGAACGCUUUUUUGACUAAUUUGAAUAUGAAUUCUGUCUGUGUUGCCAGAGCUGCAGGAUGAGUUGAUAGUAAGGUUUAGACUUCUCCACUGGCUGCAGAGACAGAUUCCCCCUCUGGGCAACAACAAAUAUAGAUAUUUAUUUCUAAACGGUUUCUCUUCAAAUAAAAAUGAUAAAACCCAUCAGUUGGGCAGAGAUGUGUGUACAUAUGUGAGAGACAGAGUCUCAGAUUAAAAUGAGGAAAACACAUUUAUAUUCUCCUCAGCAGUGGAGUUGGGGGGGGCUAGGGAAAAUCUGUGGAGCACUUUCUGCUGUUUUACUCCAGACAAUUACAUUUGGCUUAUUUUUGGAGAGGGCCAAAAAUAUUUUUAUCCUCCCUUCAGUGGAACACAAUUAUACCUUUGAUGGAGCUUGUAAAAAUGCUAAUUUGAGCUAUUAGCAGGUCAGGGGAAAGGGAUGCAGGAGAAAAUGAGAGCGCUGCUGCCUGGACCUAAAGCCUUAGCCACGCAGACAGUGGUGGAUUUACAGUGCAAGCCAAAGGGAGAGGCAAUCUGGCAGUGGUUUAAGGGUCUGGGGGUACAUUAGUUUAGUGCCAUAUACUGGGAGGACAAAAAACACGCCGAUUUAGUAUUUUUAGACAAUAUUGCCUAACAAGGACUUUCCUAUUCCUCAAAAUCGUAUGCCACAUAAGGAGAAGAGGGUUUAAAAUCCAUAUUUCAGCUGUCUUAAGGGCCAUGCGGUUUCCGUUAUAUUUAGCAGUGUGGUCAGGGUUUAGGUUUUAAUGCCCCACAUGUUUUCUCUGUGUCUACCUCAUCUUAGUGAUGGGGUCUGUGCUGCGAGGCUUGUGUGUAUGUAUACGCACGUGUACGUAAGUACUUUGCACAUCAGUGUGUGUGUGUGUUUGCCGACUAUGCGUGUGUCAACUGUAAAUGUGUGUGUUUGUGUGGUAGGAGUCUGUUCAUAUAGCAUAUGCUCCGUAGUUACUGGAAGCUGGAGCCCCUAAAUUAGAGGGUGUGUUUAGCCAGAAAAUUGCAUCUAGAGGUUAUAUGGUUGUUAACCCCUUUUCUGCACUCACAGCAUUUACAGCGGCCGCUCCUUCGUUUCCUGCAUUAAUGCUUUACUGUUCGUCUUACGAAAACCCAAGCCACCGAGAGUUGGGUACUCCAUAGCCACAUCAGAGGACACUACCCAGCUUUCUCCUCACCUCUAGCCAGCAGGGGCAGCUCUGAGGUGGGGUGGAGAAUGGCUAUGCAGGGCCAGUUGUUCUGGGAGUGCAUGAGAGAUAUAUACUGAGCCUGCAGAACGAGGAGGGAGAAUUCAGGAGCCAGCAGUCACUGGUCUAUUGCUAAAGUUCUUGUAAUUGUAUCACAAUGUGAGUGUUCUUCUAGAAUCUAUACACAGACCUUUAAUAAAACAGCUGUGGACCUGUAAUUAAGACACUGAACUCCUGAAGCUCUGGUUUAACUCUUCUCCAUCCUGUGUUCUUCAGUUGCUGAUGAUUCAUAUAUAUAUAUAUAUAUAUAUAUAUACACAGUGUUAUAUAUGAAUAGUAGCAUGGUCUUUGGUCACUGAAUGUUCAAAACAAUGACGGUUAUAAUAACAUGAUUCCACAAUAUUGUGAAAAAGAGUUCCAUUCUUCAGUAAUGUCAUUAUUCUCUUAGUUUGACAUCAAUGCUUACGAUGCGAGUCAGCGGUGUAAUUUCUUGAUUUGAUAAAUCAUUUUGGACUCUUUUUUUUUUUUUUUUCCUAACUGGAAUGAGUGUUGAUAAUGUUUGUUGAGAUGAUAAACUGAAGUGUGUCAUGUUUAGACUGUGUUUGAUGACAGUUACAUGCGUGUGCCCCCCCGUCCAUUGUGCUUCCUCUUCCCUGGCCCUCACAUGAUGGGUGCUAUUGACUCGUUGUAAAUAUGCUUGCAGGUCUUUUGGGUAUGUUGGUGUGAGUUUUCGAAAACAAGAAAAACAGCAACGGUGAUUGUGUGGAUGGAUUUAUUUCAUAAAUAAUUGAAAAAAUAAAGUUUGUAAACAAAA